AUGGUCCAAGGCUUGGGCUUUUUGAGCAAGAAAUCAUGGCACACCAAAAACUUGAACAAUCAAGAAAAGGUUUGGAUGGCCGAACAAAAGAAACUGGCGGAGGAACAAAAGACCAAGGAACUAGCCAAACAGAUCCAACAAGAACGUGAACAAGAUGAAAUGGACAAGAUUGCUGGCAAGAAAUCGACCAUGGAUCGUGGAAUUGAUUGGAUGUACCAACACACGGCGGGUGCCAGUGAACUUGCCAAGGAAGAUGAGGCCAAGAAACAAGAAGAAUUCUUAAUGGGCAAGGAAUUUGUAGCCGAAGCAGGUGCUGCUAUGGGGGACUUUGAUAAUGGGGAUCAAACACAAGGAAUUCACAAUGUAAUGGCUCACCAAGAAGAACAAGAAGCAGCAGCACUGCAGCAGCAGCAACAAAAACAACAACGACAAGAGGAUGGACCAGCUGAAGGUCAUUACGGACCAAGUGUCAAGGAUCGAAACGAAUCCUUUCGACAGCGUUUGGAAGAUCCCAUGUUUGCUGUUUCGAGACAAAGACAUGAUAUUCUUCAAAAGCAUGAACAUACCAAGGAAUUGUAUGAUAAGGUAGGAGGACCCGUUACUUUGACGAGGAAGCGGGACGAGAAGGAGGAUGACGAGAAGGAGGAUAGAGCCAAGAGCCGAAAGAAGGAGAAAAAAAGAAAACGACACAACGACGACGAAGAAGGUGAUGAUAAUGAUCGAAGACGUCGAAAGAAGAGUGAUCGCAAAAAGCACAAGAAAUCUAGUCGUCAUCGUCGAUCCUCUCGAAAAAGAUCUCUUUCGAGAAGUCGGUCCAGAAGUCCAUCUAGUGCUUCAGCAGAUAGUGGGAGAAGUAGCAAUCGAGAGCAUCGCCGGGAUCGCCAUGAUGAUCGACGUCGCCACGAUGAUCGUCGCAGAGAUGAGCGUCGUCCUCGCAGCACAAGUCGCGAUCGGGAUCAGAAGCGAGGAGACUAUGGUGAUGAAGAUCGUGGUCACUACAGUAGGGAUCACAGAUCUUCACAUCGUCGUCGGGAUGAUUACAAUGAUGAUCGCUCUCCCAACGAAAGACCUAGGGGGCGAGAUUACGUCCGGAAUGACCGAUAUGAUGGAGAAAGCAGGAGAAGAUCCUACAAAAGUGGUGACAACAACAAUAAUGAUGACUUUGAUGGACGUCGUCGCCAUUAUCGGAAUGAUAAAGACGAUCGAAAGCAUGUUGCCUCCAGUCGACGGUCAACGGAUUACAACGCGUCCAAGCCAACUCCACCAUCGGCAGAAGCAGCAGCGACUAGAGACAAUCCAGAAGGAAAUUCGGGCAGUAGCAGUAGUAAAAGACCACCAGACGACAGCAAGUAUGGACUGCAAGGUUCCAGGAAGAAGCAGUUAAACUCUUCGGAUUUGGGUCCCAACCAAGACUUGUUGAGGAAAAAGAGGCUUGCCCAAGAAGCGGAACGUCAACGAAUCAAAGAAUUGGCUUCCACCCGCCGCAGAAGAACAGGAGAUGAAAGAGCCCGGGCAAUUGAGGAGAUGCAACAAGAUGCAAUCCGGAAGGAAGAACGGGCUCGAAUAGUUGCCAGCAAUCGAACUAAGGGAGGCGACCAAGACGAACACCUGGCGAAUAAGGGCGGGGCUUCCUUUAUUACCGAAAUGACCAAGGCAACUCAUGGUAUCGGUGGGGAUGUUUCGUUGUCGGAACGAUUGCGACAAAAUCGGCAUACCAAUCAACGAUCUCACGAGUCGUUCCUUUAA